UAUGAUUAUAAUCACGUCUCACACUGAGAUAUGCUUUGUUAUUAUCUGCUAUCGCUAGUCAAGGACGGAUAGUUGGAGAGUAGCGAGUUAAUUUUUGUUCACGGUCGAGUUUAUACACUUAUUUAAAUAUUCUGCAUCGAACAAGCGCGGAAUCUUAUUUUCAACAAUCAGUAAGCUGCAAUUAUCAUGGAGGUACACGCUCGUGCUCCAGAUCCUUUAAUAAAUAAUGACGAUAUGGCCAGCAACUGGCAAAGCUGGAAAGAAGAUUUUAUUAUAUUCAUGAAAGUAACUGGGUAUAUUGAUAAACCUAAUGAAAUCCGCGCAAAUCUUUUAAAAAAUCGGAUUGGAAAAGUUGGCAUUGAUGCAAUACAAAAUAUUUCUUUUGACAAUGUGCAAGAUAAAGAUAAUAUGGAUAUAUUGAUUGAAAAGCUUGAAAAAUACUUUAAUCCGCCAAAAAAAGAGGUGGUUGAACGAUACAAUUUUUUUACAAGAGGAAAGAAGCACAAUGAGUCUAUUGAACAAUAUAUAAAUAUUUUAAAAGAAAAAGCUAAAAAUUGCAACUUUAAUGAUAUGCUAGACAGCAUUAUACGAGACAAAAUUAUUCUUGAAACUCAUGACAAAAUAUUACGUAAAAAAUUUUUCGAAGCAGACAAUUUGGAUUUGUCGAAGCUAGUAGCAAUUUACCACGACUACGACAUUAAUACGGAAAAGAUGAAACAAGUUACUAAAGAAACGAGAGCAGACUGUACAAGUUCUAUACCAAAACCACCAGAUAAUAUUGUGAAGCGAGCCUGUUGGAGAUGUGAUGAGCAGCAUCCACUUGGGAAGUGUCCUGCUAAGGGAUCAAAGUGCACAAAAUGUGGCGACAUAAAUCACUUUACCCAAUGCUGCAAGGGUUUUAAAUUUAAGAUGAAUAAGGUGAAUAAAAAUUUACUGGAUCCAACAAUGCAACAAACAAAAUUGAACCUUAAGGAUAAUGACAAAUGGAAUAAUCAAGCAGAUUCCGUUAAAACUAAAGAUUCAGUGAAUAAAAUGAUUUUUCCUGAUGUUCCGACAACAAAUUUAAAUUACAUUAAUACAACGAAUUAUUCAACAAAUUUGCCCAAAAGUACACAGUACAGUCAUUCGUAUCCGAAAUUAAUUCAACCAGACGGGAUUUCCAAUUUACAUAAUAGAGGUGAAAAUGUUCAAUCUAAACAGACGAAAACACCAAGUGCAGGUACUUCACAAGAAAUAUCCAAACCAUUUGUUGGAACACAUAAUGCAUCGUAUAGCACACAUAAGUUUCCAAAGAAUCAAAAGAAAAAAUCAGACGAUUCUUGUAAAUUAUCCUAAAUCUUUCAUAUACACAUAUAUGUAUCUUAUGAAUAUAUCUUGCAGAGUUAGCAAAAAUUUUAAUUUGUUGUAAGGGAAUCCUGAAGCUGCCCUGUUAUACUAAUUUCAUUCAGCGAUAAAUCUUCGAACUGGUUUUACGAAUGCAAUUUUUUUUACAGAAUUAAAAUACGCACAAAAGGAUAUGGUGAAGAUAAAUUUCAUUAGUUUUUGCAAUAACAUAGAUCCAGGUACGGUGAACGUUAAAGUCACGGUAUCCUUUUCUUAAUUAGUUGUUAAGGGGCCUUUUCUGACUUUACUGCUUUUUUAUCGAUAAAUUUUUAUUUUAAG